AUGCGUGAUAUGCCUUGCAUAUCACGCAUUAUUGACAAGGACUUCGACUCAGCGGCAUCUAAUGCUGCUAAGGCCAAAUCCAAAUCUACGUUCAUCGGUUAUGAUGACGAGAGAAGCGGCACUAUGUUCUGCCAUGAGAUCGACUUCGCUAUGGAGGGUCACAAUGCCGUCACCCGUUAUCUAUGGGCUAAGAAUAACAUCGAUGCCGGUCUAUGGCGUAAGCUAACUAAUGCGACCGAGCCACCGGCUAGAUGUCAUCAAAGCUAUGAGCAUCAUCUACGUCAACUUUGUCGUAAACUACGCAAAACUUUCGACACGGAUGAGGCUUUGUCUCGAGCCGAGUACAAAUUCAACACUUGUACCCAGCGAUCUAGCGAGACAUUAUUCCAGUUCAUAUCAAGGCUAGAAACUCUAGCUGACGAGCUGGUAUAUCUACGAGCUGGGCCGAGAGAGUCUACCCUCAAACGACGUCUGUAUGAUGGUACAUCAUCCAACGAUCUGAAGGAGAAGGUCGAGACCAAGGUGGGCAACCACAAAAUAUCAUAUAAGAAAUUUGUGGAUCGACUGUCAGAGCAUGAGGGGAGGCGGCAGGGCCGACUCCAACGCUCAUCUACGGUCAACAAGCCCAGUGGUAAAUCGACAGGUCGUCUACAUGUCAUCGAGUGUGAAGACGAUCCUCAAGAAGAGACCUAUUGCCAUGCCGUUGGCAGCGAUGCCUUAUCUAUAAAGUGCUAUCGGUGCCUCCAGAGCGGUCACCCAGCUCGACUCUGUACUGAGCCCAAGGUGGUCGAUCUACAGAAAAGAUGCUCUAAGUUCGGCAAUCCAGAGCAUCAAGAGACAGACUGCAAGGUCCCAGUCAACAGGUUAUUCUGCCAACGUUGCCUGAAGAAGGGACAUCUAGCGUAUGUCUGUACUGCUCCUACACCAGCAGAUCAACCGAAGAAGGUGGGACCUAAGCCUAAGAAAGACUUCGGUAAGGGGAAAUCUAAAAAGAUUACUCCUCCUCAAACACCCCCAUCUAACUCUACGGUUAUCCCUUCUGGAGCUGGUGCGAACGUCAUCCACGAGGAUAACGCCUAUGAUGGACUAUGCAUAGAACCUGUAACAUCUACCGAUGUCGACGUUCCCUUCCGAGCCAUGGCCUCUACUGUUCCGCCAGUGACCUAUGUGUGUACGGAACCACUCGACCCGUACUCUUCGACACGGGCGCAGAUAUCAGCCUGA